AUGUUUAUAUUAGAUUUAUAUGGCGAGCGCGCGUUUCUUUUUUCGAUGCUCAAACAACCCCUUUCUCUCUCUCUCUCUCUCUUCACAAAAGCAGAACUAGAAACACAACAAGUCGACAAAACUCGCCUAUCAUCAACAAUAAGAAGCCUACCAACAACAACAAUAAUAAUAAUAAAGAGAAUAUCGACAACAACUAAGAAAAAGCAAAAACUCGAUAUAGAAUAUAACGUUUCCAAUUAUUCCUUUUGCAGACAUUAUUACAUUCUUUUCCGAUUCCAAAAUAUCUUUAAUUAUCACAAUUGA